CAAUUUAUAUCCAUGGCGGAAACCCCGCCGGUGGAAACAUACUCGUCCUCACCGACGGUGACGAUAAUCUUGACAGUAAUCUUGUUAGUAUUUUUCUUCUCAGGUUUCUUUUCCAUCUACUUCUGUCGUUGUUUUAUGGACAACGUAAUCUACAGUUGGUACAGCCGAAACAAUCUCACCGGAGGAACAACCAUAGGUACCGCCGGUCGUAGUGUCUCAGCAAUCCAAGGUCUAGAUCAAACUGUUAUAGAUUCUUUCCCAACAUUCCCAUACGCCACCGUACGUGACCUCCGUAAAGAAAGUCACAGCCUAGAAUGUGCAAUAUGUUUGUCGGAAUUUCAAGACGAGAGCACUCUCCGUUUGUUACCUUCAUGUUGUCACGUCUUCCAUCAAGGUUGUAUUGAUAUAUGGUUAGUAUCUCAUAAAACAUGUCCUGUUUGCCGGAGAAGCCUUGACCCAGAUGAGAAACCAACCGCCGAGAAAUCAUCAUCACCUCCUCCUCCGCCGCCGCUGCCUAUAACAACAACCACCGCAGUAGCAGCAGCCGAGGAAUACGUGAGCAUUGAGAUUAGAGAUGAUAAUAAUAAUAAUAAUAAUGUGGGUAUAGCAAUAGCAAGCUCAUCGGGGGCGGCGGCAGGAGGGGAGAUUAAUAAGGAUGUAAGUAAAGAUGAUGAGGAUGAUGAAUUAGAAGGAGGAGGAGGAGGAUUGAUGGAGAAAUUUUCUCGGUCGCAUUCAACGGGGCAUUCAAUAGUUAGAGCUAGGAAUAUGAAAACGGAUGAGGAGCUGGGAGGUGAUCAAUUAGACAAGUAUACAUUGAGAUUACCCGAGCAUUUACAGGCCAAGCUUACAAGGGGACAUCAAUUAACGACGAGUUGCACCACCUUUGAUGAAUUUAGGAUCGGUCGGACGGAGGGUGGUGGCUUAGGCGAGGUUUCGGAGUCACCCAGCAGCCGGGGAAAGAAUGUUAGCUGGAGAUUAGAUCAUACAUAAAUUAAUCCUCCCAAAUGUUUUUAUUUCUUUCCAUCUUUGUAAAGAUAAAAAGAAUUAAUUAUUUUUUGUUCUUAAA